AUGUCACUGGCUCAGUCAAUCACGAAGGGCAAAUCCCCAGGUCUAACUUCCAAAGAUGGUCAUUUCAGUUCAUGGCAUAAUAGUGAAGUUCCUGCCCCCGACGUAAGCGACAAGGCAACAGUUGUCAAUUUGGCGAAGAUGUGCAGCGAUGCCUAUGUGGAAGUACCGCAUCAACCUGACUGGCUCAACACCUCUCUAGGAUUCAAUCACUCAGACACGUUUGGUUGGAAGACCGACGGGCUCAGAGGGCAUGUUUUCGCAGACAAGAUGAAUGAGACCGUAAUAGUCGCCUUCAAAGGUACCUCCAUAGAUCCUCGUGACGGAUGGUCAUCCAAAGACAAGUUCAACGACAAUCAACUCUUCAGCUGUUGUUGUGCGACUCAACGGCCACCUCCAUUUUGGUAUCCCUCAGUGUGUGAUUGCCGCACAGACCCUUUCCAAUGCAAUUCUACGUGCCUCAGCCAGGAAAUCCUGCAAGAAGACCGCUACUACAUGACGGCCCUGAAAGUCUUGCAGAACGUGACAUCCUCAUACCCCAGUGCCAAUUUCUGGGUCGUAGGGCAUUCCUUAGGGGGUGCCAUGGCAAGCCUCAUUGGUCUGACUUUCAACAUCCCGGCGGUAUCCUAUGAAGCGGUUCCCGAGAGGCUUGCGGCCCAACGACUUGGUCUCGCCAUCCCUCCCUACACUGGAGCUUUCCAUAUUGGCAACAAUGCAGAUCCUGUGUACAUGGGUGCUUGCAGCGGUUACUUCUCGCUAUGCUCAAUUGCUGGCUUUGCAUUUGAGAGUCAGUGCCAUACCGGGAAACGUUGUGUCUAUGACACGGUCGGCGACAAAGGAUGGUCGUCGAGUAUUAACAACCAUCGGCUAAAUGUCGUCAUACCAGAUGUACUGGAAGCAUAUAAUACCACUCCUUCGUGUGAAGCAGACUAUGAAUGUGUGGAUUGUUAUAAUUGGGAUUUUCACGACUGA